AUGGGACAAAAAUUGAACGCAAUCGAAAAGAGAACUGAGGAAAACACUAUAGAACAACUUAGUUUACUACGUGAAAAACAUUUUCAUACAAUCAAAAUUUAUCUUCAUUGUUGUACUGAACUACAUAAAAGUGUACCUCUCACUGGUCUAAAUAGUGAUAUUGUUGUUAAAAUUGCUCAUAAUUUCUAUAAAAUCUCUUCCGAAGAUCAAAUUCAAUUAGAACAUAAAUGGAAAUUAUGUCAUCUUCCUCUCACUCAUACAUUCAUUCAAUUCAAACCUGAUAAAUCUACAUCAUUCGAAAGAAAUGAAUCACGACGAUUACUCAUCGGAUCUGAGAAUCACUUAUUUCAAGAUCAUCAUGAUAGAAGAGGCGCAUGGAAAAGUGAUCCAGGAAGCGGAAAAACAAGUGUUUCUCGAUGGCUUGUACGUCAUCUUGCUCAAACACUUCUUCUUAAUGGACAACAUUCAACUGAUUAUGGUUCACUUCGUAUACCAAUUCUAAUUCGUAUUGGUGAAUUUGCCGAAAUAUUGAAAGAAUAA